UUGGGUAAAAAUGUGUUUGUGCGGAAAGACGAUAUGAGGAAUAGUUACAAUAGAAGAACAGAAGAACAGAACAGAAGAACCGACUGGCAGUUCCUCACGAUGAAUACUGCGGACUGUCUCCUUUUUCUGUUAUGUGGAGCUACCAUGUUGCAGUUCAUCACCUGCUACAGUGAUGGAAGUAUAUUGGAGGAUGAAUGUUCAGGAAUGAACAUCAAUCAUUUGGAUGAAAAUGAUGUAAAAAUACCAGCACAAACUACUGAAACUCCUUUCAAGAUCAUACCAGAAGUUCAAACCUUCAAUAAUUCUGAAGUGGAAACCACCAUUACUGUGUCACUUACGGCUAUCAAUUCUCCAUUUACUGGUUUUCUGUUGGAGGCCCGUAAGUGUGAUAGCUGUCCGCCUGCUGGUACUUUUAGUUUGAUUGACUCGAGCAGCAGCACACUCCUGACGUGUGAUGGUCAAUCUGGCAGGGCUGUGAGUCACAUUAAUAAUCUAGAUAAAACAUCCAUCACAGUGCACUGGCAAGUUCCAGAGAGUGGAACAUUCUACUUCAGAGCUGCAUUCACUAGGGACUACUUCAUGUUUUGGCAAAGAAAGCCAAUCAUACUUCCGACAACUGCACCUACCACUGUGACCACCACUGUAAAAGCCACUAUAAGCCGAACAGUCACACCAACAUUGCCUCUACCAUCAAAUACAAACUCCACUCCAGUCACACCAGCAUUGCCUCUACCAUCAAAUACAGACUCCACUCUAGUCACACCAGCAUUGCCUCUACCAUCAAAUACAAACUCCACUCCAGUCACACCAACAUUGCCUCUACCAUCAAAUACAAACCUCACUCCAGUUCCAUCAGCAUUUCCUGCAACCUCAACUGCAGACUCCACCCCAGUCACACCAACAUUGCCUCUACCAUCAAAUACAAACUCCACUCCGGUCACACCAGCAUUGCCUCUACCAUCAAAUACAAACUCCACUCCAGUCACACCAACAUUGCCUCUACCAUCAAAUACAAACUCCACUCCAGUCACACCAACAUUGCCUCUACCAUCAAAUACAAACUCCACUCCAGUCACACCAACAUUGCCUCUACCAUCAAAUACAAACCUCACUCCAGUUCCAUCAGCAUUUCCUGCAACCUCAACUGCAGACUCCACCCCAGUCACACCAACAUUGCCUCUACCAUCAAAUACAAACUCCACUCCGGUCACACCAGCAUUGCCUCUACCAUCAAAUACAAACUCCACUCCAGUCACACCAACAUUGCCUCUACCAUCAAAUACAAACCUCACUCCAGUUCCAUCAGCAUUUCCUGCAACCUCAACUGCAGACUCCACCCCAGUCACACCAACAUUGCCUCUACCAUCAAAUACAAACUCCACUCCGGUCACACCAACAUUGCCUCUACCAUCAAAUACAAACUCCACUCCAGUCACACCAACAUUGCCUCUACCAUCAAAUACAAACUCCACUCCAGUUCCAUCAACAUUUCCUGCAACCUCAAAUACAAACUCCAUUCCAGUUCUAUCAACAUUGCCUUCCCAAUGUGGGGAUUAUGUGAGAUGUGUUUUAGCACUGUUACUUCUCAGUCGUCUAUGUUUUCUUGACUCCUCUCUCCUGAUAAUCAUCAGGCCAGUUUUAAAAAUGGUCACCAUGACUGGGUCUGUCUUUCAACUAGCUUUCAUAAUUGUUGCUGUCGUCCUUGUACUGAUAAGAGCAAUUCAAUAUGUGUGUGUGUGCGAUUGUGCUGGUUUGGAUGUUGCAUUUCCUACUCUGACAGUGAUUUCCAUGGUUACAAGCUUGCUGCACACCAUCACUGUUUUUCUUCACUGUGGACCAAGCCAUGAGCUAAGGAAGUAUUGGCUGUACGGCCUCAUCAUUAUGGACCUACUAAAUACCUGCAUUACAACGGCUGCAAUAUUUGUUGGACUGCGGUGCUUUCAAGAGCAGUGGCUACUAAUAUUAAUGGGAGUUUAUGUUAUUUGGGAGAUCAUGUUGUACAUCAGUCAGAUAAGAAAAGACGGAGAUAUUCAGAGUCAGAUUCUGGAAAAGAAAAUAUCCCCAUGGAUCAUUAUGUUUAUCAUCUUUUCCAUACUUAAUGUAAUGUUUACAAUCGCACUUAUUGCAGGAGUUUCUUUGGAAAGAAUGAUAACGUGUUAAUCAAAAUACUUCUUUAAGUUUGCAAAAUGAAAGCAUUCUGUGGGAUUGAAAUUCUGUAGAUUUGUUUUUGUUGUCAAAUGACUUGCAAUUCUUUAUCUGGAACUUUAUUGCCUUUUUCUUAAAUAAGAUUAUAAAGUGCAUUUUAAAAGAUGACUAAUAUAUUUUGAAAUGGAUUUCCCUCUUUUCCUGAAAAUAGGUUAUCAAAACUAUACUGUUAUUUAAAACUCUGUAAAUAAUAAACUUCAUCUUGGUUCCACAGAAUCUUGGCAAAUUAUUAAUUUUUUUAGGUGUAGGAGUUGGAGUGGGAGAUUGUUGUGGAAAUUAACACGUCUCAGAAAGCAAGUGUCUCAUCUGGCAGUCUAUAUUUUCAUGUCAUUGCUGCUUUUCAG